AUGACACAUCGUAAAACGAAUGAUGAUAGUGAUCAGGAAGAAAUAGAUGAUGAUCAACAGAAGCAACAGCAACUGAUUGACGCUCUUCAGAGUGAAAUCAGUCGAUUCGAACAUGAGGCGGCGCGUGUGAUGCAUGAAUUACGAGCUUUAGAAAAUGAAAAUCUUCGUAUAAAAGAAGAAGAGGAAAAAAAUGCUGCUCGUUUACAAGAAUUACAAGAAUUAAUUCAACGUCAAAAAGAUGAACUAGCUCAAAUUGAUCGAACGUUAAUUGAUCUGAAUAACGAGCGAGAAAAACUUGAAGCAGAACUUGAUCGAGAACAACAACUACUUGAAGAUCAUGAAAGAGAAUUGGAACAACAAUUAGAAAUUUUAGAAAGAUUAAAAGAACAACUCGAACAUUUUCAAGAAGAAAAAGAACACCUUGUAGAACAAAGAGAAUUAAUUGAACGUGAAAAACAGGAAAUUGAUCAGAAAAUCAACGAAACACAAAGACUCAUUCAACACUUAGAACAAGAAAUUAAAGAAAUUCUACAAAGAAUUCAAGCGAUCGAAGUUGAAAUGCGACGUAUUGAACAAGAAUUAGAAAUUCUACGAGAAGACAUACAAGAAAACGAACGAAAACUUCAAGAGUUAGAAAAACAAAUUCAAGAAAUCAGACAGAAAAUGCUGAAUUUUGAACGUGAAUGCGAUCGAUUAGAUGCUGAAUUAACUCGUAUCAGUGAUCUAAUGAAUCGAAUUUCUCAAACCAUCGACAUGAAGCAAAAUCAAAAAGAAGACUAUGAACAAUUAAAAGCUGAUCUUCAACGAGAUUUGGAAGAAGCCAAGCAAGAACAACUUCAAGUUCGCCAACAAAUUCACGUACUUGAUCAACAGAGGGAACACCUAGAACAAUCGAUUAAACCAUUACUACAGCAACAAGAACAACUGUCAAAGCAGCUCGCCCAAGAAGAAAGCGAAUUAAGGAAACACAACGAAGCCAUUCAGCAAUCGAAACAAAAAGUAGACCAAAAGCAACAGGAAUCUGUACAAGUAAAACAAAAAGAGCAGCAAAUCAGCCUACAAGUCAAUACAAAAGAGCAAGAGCAUGCCGAACUUGAACGUAUUAAAAGUUCUCUUGAACAGCAAAAUGAAAAACUAAAUGGAGAACUAGAAACAAUCCAGAGCAACUUAGUCACUACUGAAACGAAUCGAAAUAAUUGUGCCGAACAAUUAAAGCAACACCAACAAACUCUUAAACAAUAUGAAUCAGAACUGAAAACAGCUCAACAAAACCAUCAAAAUGCCGAAGAACAACUACGUCAACAACAGAAUACUGUAACAACUGCUCAACAAAAACUCCAAAAAUGCCAACAAAAAGAACAGCAAUGCGAUCAAGCGAGACAACAGGCUGAAAAUGAUGUCAGAAUAACUCAACAAAAUCUCGAAAUGGCAGAAAAUGCAUUAAAAGUAGCAGAGUUUGCACUGGAUGCCAUUCUAGCUUUUAUGAAUGCAAAUCCAUUAGCAAAGGUAGUCGGUCUUGGACUCAAAGAAGCAGCAGUACGCACAUGUAAACAGAAAUUAGAAGGAGCAAAGCGUAACCUACAAGAUCGCGAGAAAGCACUCGAGAAGCGAACUCGUGAUCACGAACAAGCUGUAGUUGAUACGAAAAACGCCGAAGAUACAUUAACAACAGAACAAAAAAAUCUUGAAACAAAGCAGAACGAUUUGACUGCUCGGAAACGAGAACUCGACACUGCGAAAGAAAAAGUCACUGAUCAGGAAAAAGUCGUUGCGACUACAAAUGAACAGCAUAGAGAUUUACGACGACAACAUGAACAAAUUCAACAACAAAAAGGAAAUAAAAGCAAAGAAAUAGAAAAAACUAACCAACACAUAGACAAUCAAGAAAACAGUAUGAAAUUUAUUCAAAAUAAUAUAACUGAUUUGAAACAACAACAGAUGAAACAUGUUGAACAAAUUCAACUACUUGAUCAAUGUAUCAAGACCUUUGAAGAAGAAUAUCAAAAGAAAUGCAUUGAAACUAAAGCAACAACUGAUCGCAUAACGACAGUGAAAGAUACAAUGAAUAAUGCUAAACAUGAAAUAGAACAAAGGAGACAACAGAUUACAAGUUUUCAAAAUCAAAUUACUACAAAGCAACAAGCAGAAAAUCAGCUUAAAGGAAAAAUUAGUAAUGUUCAAGAGAAUCUAUUGAUGAUCAGUAAGAGCGUCACUCAACUUAAAGCAGAUCUUCAAGAACAGAAAAGACUUCACGAUAUCACAUCAACACAAAAAGCCAAAUCAGCACAAGACUUACAAUCGGCAAAAGGUAAAAUAGAAAAUCUAGAACGUGAUGCUGAACGAAAUGAAAAUGAUCGUCGUCGAUUAGAUCGUGAUUUACAGAAAAGACAUCAAGAUCUUAUGGAAACACAAAGAGUACACGGACAACUCAAACAUAACCUUGAUCAACAUCGAGGUGAAAUUCAAUCGAAAAAAUAUGAACAAUCGCAAUAUGAGCAAAGAAGAUCAGCUUUAAUAGGCUCAUUGGAUGAAAAUAGAAGAAAAAUUAGAGCGUUCGACACUAAAAUCAAAGAAACACAAAGAAUCAUUGAAAGACAAGAUCGAUUAAAGCAAGCUGCUGAAAAUAAAGUUCGAGAUUCCGAAAGAGAAGUACAAUCAAAACGGCGUGACUUAGAUAAAUUAGAGAAAAAUAUUUCCGGUGUAGAAAAACAAUACAACGAUGCUAAUAAUCGUCAGAACAAAGCUACAAGUGAAUUAAGCAAUGUUCAAAAUGCAAAAGUAGACAUCGGUCGUCGAUUAGCUGAUAAUGACCGUAAUCGAAAUGAUCGAAAUGCAACAGUCAACCGUCUUAGUCAUCAAGCAACAUUGAAAAGAAAUGAAAUUCGCAACUAUAAAGAAAAACAAAGUCGUUAUACCCUUGAUUCAAAUGAAAAUUCAUCUGAGGAUGAUCAAAUAGAACGGCAUCCAGAUAGAAAUCGGCGAAGAGUUCAAUUAAAAGAGAAACAACGAGCUCAACAAUAA